AUGAAGUUAUGCGAAGAGACCAAUCGGACAUUGUUAUCAGGUAAUCCCAAACCUUCCGAGUACAAUUGGUAUCGACCAAGAGCGAAUUGGAAUGUUACUGAUAUUUCAAAAGCAGCAGAUCUUCAAUUUACAGAGGACGGAGAUUCUGAGUUUUCUUCAUUUUCUAGUUAUUUCAUGCCACCAGAGGUCAGUGAAGACUGGCAGCUUGAAGGUGGUAUUUCCAAUUCUACUUCACAUUCUGUGGAGAGAAAUGAUAUGGAUAUGAGUGAAUUGGGUGAAACAAAGUCGGACAAAGUAGUGGAGGGACUCUAUAACCCAGCCAAUUCAGAAGAGAGAAACUCAAUGGUCACUUUGAAUCAGAACUAUAACUGGUUGAAUAAUUAUCCUGAAGGUGAUCUAAUCCAAGCUUUAAGCGGAGUGCAACAGCCGGUUGGUCACGCUACUACAGAAAAUGAUAUUAGUUCUGAUUUACUUGUGGAAAAUGUCAUUGCCCAGUAUAAUGUUGACUUUGCCUUAAUGAACGCUUUUGAAGUGAAUAAUAGUCACGAUACCGGACCCCAACCCAUGGGAAUGAUACUAGAUACAAAGCCUGCAAAGGAGGCAGCACAUGUCGACUUGGAUAUUUCAAAUGAAGAACACUUUACUAAGUUGGGAAGAUUCCAAGUGAGCCCGAUCAUAUCACCACAACUUGAAAUCACCCUUGAAGAAUCACUGAUCCAAUGCUUGGAAGUGGUUAUUAACUACAAUGGCUAUAUGGGCACAUUAACUGCUCCAGUCAAGCCUGAAUACGCUGCAUUGACUAAUAGAGCAAGUUUCCGCCACGACUAUCGAUAUUUAACCAAUAAACCAACAGAAGCAAUCGAGCCCAACGAGGAUGGGUUUCAUGAAAUCUCCGGAGCAUUGCAAAGAAUCAGAUACACCCGGGAUAUCAGUGAGUUACAUGGCACUGUAUCAAAUAUUGAGUAUUUUGAAAGCAGGGUUUACGAUGUAACUAAUCCUUACGAACCACAGUAUUAUAGAUUCGAGCAAGACGAUAAUGGGAAUAAGGUUAACGGUAGUAAAUGUGGACUAUGUCCGUAUUGUCAAGAGGUUAAAUUCUUACCGUUUAAAAACUCCAGCUAUCUUUCCCAUUUGACUUUGGAACACGGGAUUUUCUCCAACAAUUAUUUAAUCCCCGAUGGUUUGUAUUAUGGAAUUUACUUGACUUCUAAAACUAGUUCCACUCCCCAAACCGACGACUUUAUCAGCAGAGGCAGUUCACCUACACCUUCACCGCCCCAGCGUGGCCGCAAAAACCAUCAUAAGUUACGUCAUGCAAAAGCCAUUCAAUGCCCUGCUUGUUUCCAAGUAAUUGAAGUCUGUUGUUGGAGCAUGAAGGUGAACCCUUUACUUAGUUACUUCAGGCACUUCAAAAAGCACCAUAGUGACUUAACGGUCAACAAGAACAACUACAAAGAAUAUUUUAACACCAACAAUAUCGUCAAAAUCACCAAAAGAGGUCGAACCUUAAAGACAAAGUAA